AUGCCUUCACUGAUCAAAGAUAGUAUGAAAAACAUAUUUCACAAUGUACAAUUAAAUAAAACUGAUCAUAUGCAGUACAUGAAAAAGCUCACAAAGUUGUAUAAGAGGACUGAUUUAGAUACAUUUUGGGAACAUUUUAUCUGGUGUCUAAAGGUGCCUCUUUCAACAUCACAACAACAUCCAUAUGUUGUAAAUACAUUAGAGUUUUGUGCUAAAUUCUGUAUGAGUUUCUAUCCAUCCUUGGACAAUGAAGUCAUAGAACCAAUCUCUCCAUUUCUUAGCAGAUUAUUUGAGUUUCUUUUAUCAAGUCAUAAUGCUAAGGAUAAAGGAGUAAGAUUUCGCAUAUGCCAUUUUCUAAAUAUGCUUUUAAACUCCAUGGGUGAUAACGCUUUCAUCGACGACAAUUUAUGUGACCAAAUUACAGUCAGUAUGAUGGAUCGAUUGUUGGAUAAAUCACCUAAAGUCAGAGCACAGGCUGUUUUUGCCUUAUACAGAUUACAGGAUCCAUCAGAUGAACAGUGUCCUGUGAUAAAAAUGUAUCUCUUUCAUGUAUCUAGAGAUCCAAGUGCUGAAGUUCGUAAAGCGGUUCUUGCUACUAUGGGUAAAAAUCAGAAAACUUUAGAAGCUGCAUUUAUAAGAACACGAGAUAUUGAUGAUUCUGUUCGUAAAAAAGCAUAUGAAUUUAUCAGUAAAAUCACAGUGCGUUCCUUGACUAUUGGACAAAGAGAACGUUUAUUAAAGGAUGGUCUUAAAGAUAGAUCCGACAGUGUUAGAAUAUGUGUAAAUAAUGUUUUAUUGCCAGCAUGGUUAAGAUAUUUCAAAGGAGAAUAUAUGAGUCUUAUUCAUGCAUUAGAUGCAGGAAUAGGAACAGAGUCUGCAACUUUAGCUUUACAAAUAUUGUUCAAAAAUGCUGAUUUAAACACAUUAUUGACACAAGUGCCAAUAGAUAAGAAUACAAGAUUGAUUCCUUUGACGAGCUUAACAAAUGAAAAUGUUUUAUAUUGGAAGUGUGUAAUACAGCAUCUCCAUCGUCUUUCCUCUAUUGAAGAGUUAGAAUUAAUGAUUCCAGAGUUAUCAGAGUUCUGCAAAUAUAUACGCGAAUUUCUUGCUCUCAUAUCUUCUCAAUCACAUGAGACAUGGGAAACAGAGAGUCAUAAGUUUAUUCUACUACAACUUUUUGAAAUAUCUACAAUGUACGAUCUCUCAGAUGAGGUAGGCAGGAAGAAUCUAAACGAAGUGAUAAUAGACACUUUAAUGAGCGAUCAUUGCUCCACUAAAAUAAUUGAGUGUCUAGUGAUUCAUUUUGCAAAGGUGGUACCAGAUCCCAGCAAUAUGCUGAAUGCUAUUGCUAAUGUUAUUAGCGAGAUUAGGCUACCUUUGAAAGAAAAUAUAGUCACUCAGCAAAUUACUGCAGAACAACAGCAUGAAAACAACAUGCGAAAAGCUAAAUUAACAGUUGACAUAAUAGAACUCGAAGAGGAAUUGUAUCAAGCAAUUAAGGAACAGAAUUUUCUACAAGCUGAUAGCCUUAAAGAAAAGAUUAAUACUUUGAAAGAGAAAAUAAAUUGUUUAUGUAAUACACCCGAAACUAUAAUAACUGAGGAUAAUAUGCGGGAGGAGAAAAAUGAUACUGUAACUAUGGUUAAAUGCCUUGAUAUUUUAUAUGUUGCAAUACAAUCUAUUCGCGUAUUAACACCUACACUCAGAAGUUUGAUGUAUCUUGUUUUAAACAGUCUUGACCAUCCUCAUGAUAGCGUACAUAUAUUAGCGCUAAAGACAUUAUGUGUUUAUUGUAUCUUGGACAAAGAAUUAGCUAAGAAACACAUAAUGAUAUUUUUUUACCAAUUUUCUCUUGAGCAAGAAAAUCAAGAAAUAUGGGUAAUCUCUUUGAGAGCAAUAUUCGAUCUCUUGCUGGUGUAUGGUUUAGAAUAUUUUGAUAUAAUGCAAACUCCAGAAAACAAUUCCGUACGCAAUAGAUCUGAAAAGACUCGCUCACUGUAUACACAUGAGGAUAGUACACAUGAAGACAUUUCUAUAAGUAAGCGGACUGAAAUAGAGGAAGGUCCUUGCAAUUUCAUUAAAAUCUUAACAGGAUUGCUAACCAAUGCGAAUCAAGAUUUACGCACUAUUGCGGCGGAAGGACUCUGCAAAUUAUUGCUCAAUCGACGAAUCAAUAGCAGUAAUCUAGUAUCGCGCCUGAUAAUUAUGUGCUAUAAUCCAGUCAACGUUGAUGACAUUUAUCUUCGUCAAUGCUUGAGCGCUUUUUUUGACUGUUUUGUAGGGCGUGUAUCUGAUGCGCAAGAAAUGCUCGAAAACGCAUACUUUCUAACUCUGCAGGUUCUUUGUAACGCACCGGACAUUAGCCCUCUACGGGAGAUUAAUGCAUAUCACGUAUCUAGGUUUAUACUGGGUUUAACAAGACGAGGCUGCCAGAAGAGUAGUGGGCAAACGUUUUAUACACAUAAUAAUCUUGCCUUUGCUAUUUUGGCUGAGAUUUUAAAUCCAAAAAGCAAAAUAGAUCAAGAAAUUCUUAUUAAAUCUUUGACAGAUUUAUGCAUUCAACUUGAGGAUGAUGAUCUAUCAAAACAAAAUCUGCAAAAAGCUAUCAAGAAUGUUACGAAAAUGGUGAUGAAUUAUGAUAAACGAUUGCUUAAAUAUAUUCAACAAUUUAAACAAAAAUUAGAGAUGUCUUCCGAAGAAACAGAGAUUAAUAUAGAAGAUGAUAGUGACAGCGAAUCGUAA